AAUUGAGCAGCCGACCAAUGAGAGCGCCGGAUUUGGCUUAUGCAACAUUCGUUUCGUGGUUGUAAUCUUGGUUGUAAUAUGGCGGACGUAGCGUUUGGCAAGGGGAGCACCGCGAAGAAACCCGAAAUUGACUUUCUAAAAUUGAGCGCCAUCUCCCCCGAGGUCAUCUCAAAACAGGCCACCAUCAAUAUUGGAACGAUCGGCCACGUAGCUCACGGAAAAUCAACAGUAGUGAAGGCCCUGUCCGGUGUGCAGACCGUUCGCUUCAAGAACGAACUCGAGCGCAACAUCACCAUCAAGCUUGAUUGUUAACAUGGAGAAGGGUGAGGCGGUGGAAAAUUUGGUGGCGCCUUCGCCGAAAAAAACGGUGAAAAACGGGCACAAAACUCAGCAAGUGGCAGUCGACGGAAGCAUCAAGUGCGUCAGUGAACCUGUCGCGGAAAUCGCCCCCUUGGAGGAGAAACCCAAGAGGGUCUCCAGCACCCGCAAGAGGAGUAUCUCGGAGUCGACGGCCCCUUCGAACCCCAAGAGCCCCAAGCCAAAGCGCAAAAAGUCGAGCAUCCGUGGGAAGAGGCGGCGUCCGAUGGACCCCUGCAGGUCACUGGACGCCAGGGACACAGAGACUAGGGUCGUUGACCCCAACGACCCGAAUCCGGACGAAACCGUGGGAAAGGUGGACGAGGAAUACGAGGUUGAGGACGUGCUGAAAAGGGUUUAUUUUGAAAAGGACUUUCACUACCUGAUCAAGUGGAAGGGGUGGCCCUCGGAGAACAACACUUGGGAGCCCGAGGGGUCUCUGGGCAACGCCAAGAAGUUGCUCAGGGCCUUCUACGACCGCACCGAGGAGGAGCAGCCGUCCCGCUUCAGGGACAUAGCCGCGGUGUUGCCGCAGCUGCAGCCUUUGGAGGGCGCCGCGGCCGUCCAUGAGUGCAAAGUGGUCAUGAAAAUGACCAAGGCGGACUACGAAUCCAUCUUCUACCUGCCGGCCAAGGAGGAGCCGCUGCCCAACCACAAGCUGCUGCAGGCGCACAUCAAGAAGCUAUCCAAGAAACCUGACGAGGAGCUCGAGAAGAAGGUCAAGCGCAUGAUCUUGCAGCGCGAGUGCGUCCGCCUCCAGUUUGAGCAGCAGAAAAUGCUCAAGGACUUUGUCGACGAGCUGAACAAAAGCGAGGGCGACACAUUGCUGAGCAUCGAAAACCAGGUCGACCUUUCCUUGCCUCCCCUCAACUUCAAGCCACUGAACAAGAACCAGCCGGUGGUGGAGGUGGUGAUCAGCGACGAUCCGCCGAUUGGCUGCGAGUGCGACGUUUGUGAUGGGACGAGCAAUUGCUGCCCGCGGCUGGCUGGCGGCAAAGACAUGCCCCACGAGUUCGCCUACCACAACAAGCUGCUGCAGCUGCCCCACGGCAAGCCCAUCUACGAGUGCAACAAGAAGUGCAAGUGCUCGGCCGACUGCGGCAACCGCGUGCUGCAGAACGGCCUCAAGGUGCGCCUCAAGAUCUUCCGCACGCGCAACAUGGGCUGGGGCGUCGCAGCCCUUGACGACAUCCCCCAGGGAACCUUUGUCUGCGAAUACAUCGGACAGGUCUUGGGCAGGUGGGCCGUGCUGCAGCGGCAGGCGGAGGAAUACGCUGGCAAACCAAACUACAUCUUUGACCUGGACUUCAACAAGCUGGAUCCGGAGGAGUGCAGGGACGAGAAUGGUUACGAGCUGUUCCCGUACGGAAUCGACGCGACGGUGGUGGGCAACGUGGCCCACUUUGUGAACCACUCGUGCGAGCCCAACUUGGGCGUUUACGUGGUGUACGUCAACUGCCUGGACCCGCAGCUGCCGCACCUCGGCAUGUACGCCAUCAAUGACAUCAAGGCCGGAGAGCAGAUUUUUUUUGACUACGAGGCCCAGUACCACAAGCGCCGCCGCAUCAAGCCAGCCAAGCCCAGCAAGAAGGGCAGCAAGUACGCCUGCGGCUGCGGCAAAGCCUCGUGCCGACGCAUGUCCUUCCAGAGCAAGUGACCAAAACUGUCUUAAAAACACGACGCUGAUGUUAUAUUGACAGAAAGUCUUAAUGGAUUUUAUUUUUUAGACUUAGUUUCUUGUGCCACUACUUGGACUCAACUUUAAAGAUAUUUUAGUGUAAUUCUGUGCCCAAUGCGAAUUCUUUAAUAAGGACUGAAAUCUGCAUUACUGCAAAUUAUUGAGGCACUAAUAUUUUUUAAAAUGUAACAUUUCCCUGGGAAUAAAGAAAACUUUUUCAUUA